UGAAUAGAAAAUAUAAAAUGUACAUAGCUGUUCCAGCUGAAAUACUUGGAAUAAUUCUACCACUUCUACUAGGAGUCGCCUUUUUAGUGCUAGCUGAACGUAAAGUAAUGGCUUUUGUGCAACGUCGAAAGGGUCCUGAUGUAGUGGGAUCAUUUGGAUUGUUACAACCUCUAGCAGAUGGUUUGAAAUUGAUUCUAAAAGAACCUAUUUCACCAAGUAGUGCUAAUUUCUCCCUUUUUAGAAUGGCUCCAGUGGCUACAUUUAUGUUAAGUCUGGUCGCUCGGGCCGUUGUACCUUUUGAUUAUGGUAUGGUAUUGUCAGAUCCGAACAUAGGGCUACUUUAUUUGUUUGCCAUAUCUUCGCUAGGUGUUUAUGGAAUUAUUAUAGCAGGUCGGUCUAGUAAUUAGGGGGCGGCCGUUCGGUCGCCUAUGAUACUAGGACCAAUAGGUAAAAAAUGGGUUUGUGCCGCAGGUGUUGAACGAUCUACUCUACACAGGUGUGGGCUUACAGGGCUAGGGCUCAUAAACCCUUUCUUUCAUUCAUCAAUAGGGCUCUGGUCGGUCACUUUUCUGGGCCGGGAUCGAUAAGUGGAAGUCAUAAAAAAGAGAUCUUUCUCUUCGCACCUCAGAUCAAGAGGAAGGCUAGCUUGUCAAGCUGGCCUAUAUAAUAAUAAUAAUAGAAUCUAAAUAUAUAAAUACAAAGAUUCGCUGUCUUUUAACCGGCUGUUCUUCUUUGUCAACGCUACUAAGGACCUAUAGGUUCGCCUACUUUACUUAUGAAAGAUAAUGAGAACGGGUUAUUCAAAAAGGAAAAGGCGCUACUUAGCCCUACAUUAGUAUAAGUAAGCGGCUGAGUUAGCCUACCCUACUUAAUGUAUUGUAUAGUAAGUAGGCGAGCGAGUUAGCGAAGACGCUUAGGCUAAUAGAAAAGAGAGCGUCGGUGCGGAGCCUUCAUUCUACUACGCUACGAAAAGGUUACGAAGUCACUUAGCUCGACGUUAGGAGAGUCAAGGGGGAACGCCAUACCUACAUAGAAGAACCGCUGUUCGCUGGCUUUCGAAGGUCUAACCUUUUGCUCCUCUACUGAAAAGGGGCAAAGCCGCUUUGCACCACUGAUAGACUACUUAAGAUUCAAUUCAAAAGGCCCUACUUAGUUUCGCAAGCCUUUGUCAUUGUCAGUCAACUAAGUAGGGCCCGAGGCGCCCCCUGCGAAUCCGUAAAUCUGAGGAGCAUGCCGCAACAAAAGGAUGGUCCCCUAUGCAUUUCAUUCUUUCCGGAAGGUAAAAAAGUACCCCCCAUCAUAGUGAACCUCUCCUUGUGAUCGGGAUGAGGUAGAUGCCUCCCAGCCGGGGGGCGGAUCGAAUCGGAGUUUCCUUAGGUAGCCACCGACCUACAGUUAUCCUUAAACUUCCGUGCUUGGUGGAGAAGACGCGAACAAAGGUACGCUCGCUUGCUGUCUUGUUCUCUGUCGCGAACUGGGAUCGCUUGCCAGCUAGGUCAGAUUGGAGCAACAUUGUAUGAGAACAUAUUACCCAUAUUCGGGGACAAGGGGCGGAACGACCUCUCGAUCUACUUACUGCAGCCCAGGAAGAAAAACGUCGUCUAGGCGCUCCCUGUUGCUCCGAUCUCCCCUACGCCUAGGACGUUGUCUGGGCCCAAGAGCCAUAGUGAGUUGCUGUUUCCCUUUUUUUCGUUGUUGAUACCGGCAAGACCCAGCCAGAUGAUGUCUGCUGGUUGGUAGUGAGAGGGCUCUUAGUACCUGCAUACCCAAAAGGGGGCGCUGGUUCAAAAACAAUCGUUUUUUUCUUGCUCUCCCUUAGCAGCGGGAAAGGAGUCUAUCUAUCUGCCUAGCUUUGGUAGAUUUCCCCCAACGCAAUCCACAGAAAUUCCACGAAUCCAUUGGUGGAUAAGUCCGACGACUCAGCAGCAGUGCGGAAUUUAGUUUAUCGUCUGGUGGAUCUGAUCCAUAGUUAGGGGGCAAUACAUACCAAAAGGUUCGAAAAAGGAACGC